AUGGCGCUUCUUUUCGCUGGUUUCUCACUUCUAGCGGCUGCUCACGCCGCUAACGUCACCCCAGUCCAGGUCCCAUACGGAUGCGCCAGUCUCCCAAAUCUACAGCAAACCGGUCCCAACACCGGAUUUGCUGGUCCUUGGAACAUUGUCGUCGAUCAAUGUGUCAACACAACUGCUACCGACAAUGCAUGCACUAUCGAGGGGUUCCGUGACGUGGCUCGAGAUGUCACGGUGGACGGUCAGCCCGAGGCCAGGAAAGGCUUUGUCAGUAUCGUCAAUGGACAAUAUGACGCAAUGUCCUACCUCAUUUGUAAUGAUGGAAUUGGAUUUGAAAUCAUGAGUUACUACGACAACAUGAACGUUUAUCUCCCCAUCAAUAUCACCAGCGACCCUACCAAUGCCCAGCUCCAGUGGGGUCUCGCCGAAGAUGAUAGCGAGGCGAUUAAUGCCUAUUAUCAUUAUAUUGACGACGUCAAGCAAGACGGGAUCUUCCUCGGUGCCCACAAUGUUACCAGCUGGGGUAUUCAACAGCAGACGAACGUUCCCGGGACUAGCGGAGGUCCGGCGUGGUUGCUCCGCCUGUUGGGGCCUGGGAGUGAGGACCAGGAGACUGGCGAGGCUUUGAAGGAUGGAGAAUACGAGACGUUUAUUCGCAUUAAUGCUUGA